AUGAAUGCUAUCAAAAACUUUGACGUUCGUCAUCCAUCUACUCAACAAGGAACGACUCAAAAGCGUGCACCGAUGAAUAAAAUCGUUCGAUUUUAUUAUAAUGCACGCUAUAGUAAACAACAAGCAUUUGAAUAUCCGAAGGGUCAAGCUUCAACAGCAAUUGAGCCACAAAUAUUCAGUUCUGAAGAACGAACUGGGAGUUCUUCAAUACGCGACAUUUCCAUAGAUGAAUCAUUCGACGAGACUGAAACUAUAUUUUGUAGCACUCGAGCUCUAAUUAUUACGUUUAUCAUUAUUGUUUUAAUUAUCAUUGUGGUAGCAAUAACUAUCGGAGUUAUCAUUGGCACUGUUAAUUCUCGUGAAAAUAGUUCAUCAUCAGAAAACAGUAACACAAGUUCAUUAUCAACGGUAGCGUCGUCAUAUAUGGGAAGUACAGUGAGUAUAGGGAGUCAAACUGGUUUGCCCUGUUCAUCGUACACAACUAUUAAUGAUCCCACACGAAGUGUCACUCAGACCACAGUUUACGGCGUUUGCGAUCAGUCAGAAAUAUUCAAUGCAACUACUCAUGGGUCGUGGAUACGGUUCGUUGGCGCUGGCGGUACCACAAUUCCUCUAUUAUCACCUGCUCCACCUGCAUGUGGCGCAUAUGUAGUAGGUUGGUUCAACGGUACAAUGCCGACAACGCCAGGAACUUCAAUGAACGCAACAAUAUGUUUUAGCGUUUAUCAAAGUGUCGUUUUAAUUGAAAGACAAAUAGAAGUUAUGAAUUGCAAUGGCUUUUUCAUCUAUCUAUUACCGCCUGUGGAUUUGUGUAAUGGGCGUUAUUGUACCACAUGA